GUUCCAAGAAAUGAGAAAAGAAAGUUAGCGCCAGAGGAAGUACGACUAUAGGGAGGAAGACGGGGAAACACCGAUCUGAGCGUAUAAAAGAGGAGUAAACACACUCAUUCAUUCACACAAGCUUCUUGAUCAGUGACCAGAAAAUCAUUAAGAGAAUCUUCAGAGCAUCGAGUGUGUUCAAGAGCAAGAGGAAAAUGAAGUCUGCUGCAGUUUUUGUUGUGUUCGCCUGUCUACUUAUUGUUCAUGUACAAGGACAGGCCAGGACCAGUGUAAGGAGGUGUUGGUGUCAGGGUCCUGCAGCUAACGUAGUUCGUCUACAACGUAUUGACAAGAUUGAAAUUCAUCCUGCGAGUGCAACUUGUGAAAAUAAGGAAAUCAUUGUCACUCUGAAGAAUGGUGCAGGAAAAAAGUGCUUGAAUCCAGAAUCUGAAUUUAUUAAGAAAUACAUCACGGCAGGAUUAGAGAAAAGGAGUGCAGUGUAAAGCAUGCACCAUGUCGUUACUGAACAGAAGAGGAAGACGAGAGAACAGAGACAGCUUGCUUAAAAUAUUUUAAGUGUUGUAAAAAGUGUACAUGUGAUAUGUCUAACUGUUUAAUUUAUGAGAGUUCCUUCUGUAUAUUGCUGGAUGUAUAUAGUUGUUAAAGAAACAUGAAAGAUUUCUUAAUAUAUAUUGUUUUUGUAUACUAAAGUACUAAAUUAUAAUAAAAUCAGCACAUAAAAGUGCUUAAAAACUUCAGAAAGCAAUUCAAUGUGUUUCUUAUUACAGGAUAUCAAUACAUUUUUAUAAUGUUUGCCCAAUAUCAGAUUUCUGAUCCGUAUUAUUUGUAGGCGUGGACUGAGAUGAAAACUGACUCUUCAUUCAUGUUAUAACACGAAAUUAUUAAUGAGGUAAUGAGAGGAUGGGAGGAGGAGAGGUACUUAAAAUAUCCACACCCACACCUACAGCAGAGAUAUUCAGCAAACUACAGACACACACAUCACUGAAACACUGAAUUCAGCAGUAAGAAAAACACACCUGUGAAACCUUUGAAACGAUAUUAAAAGCAUCGUCUGUUAUUUUGCUCUCUGAUAAAUAAUCAGUGAUUGGUAUUGCUGACAGUGUCACACUACUGCAUAUUCAUAAUGAUUCUCACAUGUAAACUAGUAGGAAAUGUACACACAGUUAAUGUUAUUGGGUGGCACGGUGGUGACGUGGGUAUUGUUACUGUCUCACAGCUCCAAAUUCUCCAACAGGUCUUUAAGUGGGUUGAGAUCUGGAGACUGUGAAGGUCAUGUCAUGUGAUUUACAUCAUUUUCAUUGUCUUCAAAUCACUCAGUGAGCCCCAGUGACUAUAUAUGUGGGUGGGCUUUGUAUCAGGGCUUUGAAAGUGCAGCCAAAAUGUCUCUGAGGCCCUCUAGUGGCUGGCUGUAGUACUUGCAUAAAUUCUAUUUAGCAUUUUACAUAUUAAUUGAUUAAUAAUGCUGUACUUAUCACUUUGAGAUAGCAUGCAAUUCAACAUUAUUAGCUGCACUUCAGGUAAUAGCUCUCAAUGUCCACAAUACCAGCAUGAAGAAGGGGAGUGUUCAUGACCAAUGUGGCUGGGCAAGAAGUGGACCCACUGUCCCAAUGGUAGUGUUGUAUAUAAAAUAUACAUGAAAUAAACACGAGGGAGACCUAGUAUGAGUAAUAUGUAAUCUUAUUGAGAAUUCACUGGGCUGGUGGACUGUAUGAACAGAUGUUCACCUAAGACACACACACACACACACACACACACACACACACACACAGAGGCCUGGUUUGUAUGCAGAAAACAGAAAUUAAUCUGUUUCAUAUUCUGUUUCAUGAAAAACUAUUAUGGGGUAAUGUACAUGCAAGUACUAUAAACAAAAAAAAGAAAUGUAGAACAAACAUAAAAUUUACUCAUAAUGUAGAGAUGGUGUGUUUGAAAGUGUCCGUUCUCAACGAAAAUCCAGUCAGGAAGCGACACGGAGAAGGUCAAGUUAUUUUUAAAGAGUGAACCAAGACAAAAUAUAUUUUAGAGCCGGAACUGCACCUGCGUGAUAAGGGUCGCUCAACAGUGCCAAUUGAUGUACGUAAUGGUGUUCCGGGAUAGCUAACUCUAAA